AUGGAAGCCCUGGAUCUAGAAUUCAGUAACAACAACAAUAACUCAUCAUUAGCCUCCAACACAACAACAACAUCAGCAUCCUCCUCUUCCAUGUCUUCUUCCUCAUCGGCAUCAUCAUCUUCUGCCCCUUCGAAGAAAGUAAGCUGCAGUGAACCCUAUUCAUACCUUAAUUUUACAGAGGUCAAUCAUAGCCGUAAUCAGUUAUUGGGAAAUGGCAAUGCCAACAACAACUCCACCACCUCCUCCUCCUCAGCUAGCACCACACAACAUUUGGCAGAUAUCAUUAAUAAUCCAGCAUUGUUGGAAGUUUUGGUUAAUGCCACAAACAUGCAACAGCAGCAACAACAACACCAAUCUACCACCAUCUCUAGCAGCAGUGGUUCGGCCACUUCCUCUUCAGGCACCUCAUCUUCAUCAGCCACAUCAUCUUCCACAACCAAGGAUGGAAAUGCCUGCGGCAAAUCAAAUAAUACUCAAAUCACUAGCAAAGCUCUGAACUCCAACAACAACACAGUUACAACAAGCAACUCCAAUAACAAUAGCAACAACAAUAACACCAGUUCCACCACGACCACCACAACAAAUGAUUUGGCAGCUGCUGCAGCUGUUUUUCUAUCAUUGCAGGGUACAAUGGUAACCAGCUUGCAACAAGCCGCCUUACUGCCGGUGAAUUCACCCGCAGCUGCUGCCUUAAAUUUGCAAGCUUUGGAAUCGUAUUUGGCACUGCAGCGUAUAACAGGUAAAUCGGAUGUUUUUCGUUUUAAUAGCGUGGGAAAUAAUCAGCACACUACGGACAAUAAAAAUGAAAAUUCUGCAACAACACUGAAACAACAAAGUAACUCUGGAGCAUCAUCUUCUUCCUCGUCCUCCUCCAGCAACACAAACAAGGACAGUGGAAACCACAAUCACCAUCACGAGGACAAUUCCGGUCUUAACUAUACUACUGAAAGGCCCACAAAAUUACCCUCGGCCAAUAGCCUAUUUCACUCGUUGCACUCAGCCCAACACAAUCACAACAACAACCACAACAAUUCGAGCUCCCAUGAUUUAAGUGAAAUACUCAACAGCAGUGAUGAUACCCUGAAUUUUGAUUCCUCAGAAUUGGAGAAUAGUUUUCUCUUCAAUAGUGCUCUGAUAUCGACAAUUUCGGGGGCUCAACAACACCAACAGCAGCAGCAAAAUCAUGGCUCUUGUAAUACGGACAUUGAUCAAAUGUCUGCCCUGCAGGCAUCAAUGUUUCAAGAUAAAUUAAAUACCCUUAAUGUGAAUGAAUGUAAUUCACUGCAUGGUACGGUUAAUAAUACGGAAGCGAUUUUGUGUGGUGGAUCAGGUGGUGCAACUGGAGGUAGCACAUCGGGUCAAUCAUCCACCGUUUUGGCCAAUGCCCAACGUGCCAAAAAACAAUUCAUUUGCAAAUUUUGUAAUCGCCAAUUUACCAAGUCGUAUAAUUUACUGAUACACGAACGCACCCACACCGACGAGCGACCAUAUUCGUGUGAUAUAUGCGGUAAAGCUUUUCGCCGGCAGGAUCAUUUAAGGGACCAUAGAUACAUUCACUCCAAGGAGAAACCAUUCAAAUGUGCUGAAUGUGGCAAAGGAUUCUGUCAAUCACGUACGCUGGCCGUUCAUAAAAUCCUCCACAUGGAAGAAUCACCGCACAAGUGCCCUGUCUGCAAUCGAUCCUUCAAUCAACGUUCAAACUUGAAAACACAUCUACUAACACACACCGAUAUCAAGCCAUACAAUUGUAAUGCCUGCGGUAAAGUAUUUCGACGCAACUGUGAUUUGCGACGUCACAGUUUAACACACAAUCUAACUUCGUCACCAUCGUUAACGAGCUCGGCGGCUUCUAUGAAUGAUUCGUUGUUGUCGUUAAGUUCCACAGUUAAUGAAUUGCUGAGUGGUGGUUCACAAAAGGAUUUGUUGCUGUCUGCGUCGUCGUCGCCAUCACCAACAACUAGUUCUUCGUCAACUUCAACUACGGCCAAUGUUGCCUCACCGACUUCGAUAAUGCUAUCGGCAGCGGGUUGUCCAUCGGCGUCAGUGUCAAGAAAAUCAACAACCAUGGAUUUAAUCGCUGUUAAUGAUUAA